AUGCGCAGGUCGGUUGUUUUCUUUGCGGUGUUUUGCUGGGCACGGCAUGCAUGUAACCCGAGAGUUCGAGACGCCUCAAGUCUGGUCAAUCUGGACUUUGACGCCCGAGUCCCAAUCCCCGUCAGUGUCUUCCCGUCUACGUACCGGAGUGACGCCGAAGCUUCUACCGAGGAGACCACCACCACCUUCACCAAGGUAGAAGCAGACUCCCGCCAACAACCCUCGCGCGUCGGACGGGAAGAUACUCGAUUCUCCAGGGAGGAGGUUGACAUCACCACCAGAGAGUCCAACCGUCCGCGCCGCGAGCAGACGACGCGAAGGGAAGAAGACGUCCGUAUCUACGAGGAACGCGAUCGACGAUAUCCUGAAGUCGAACUUCGUCGAGAAAAGUAUCGAGGCCCCGCUGAAUUCACCCGCAACGUCGACGUUGACAUAGACAUCGACCGCCGCGAAACCCGAGACCACAUCGACGUCGGAAGACCACAACAGUCCUACGACACCCGUGCUUACGAGACCCAACUCGACAUCACCGAGCGAGACUACCGCCGCCGCAUCGACCCCACGUACGACGUCGAAUACGAGCGUCGUCGCCCCGUGCAAGCAGACGUAACCGUCCAGAAAGAACAAAUCACCACCACCACAACCGACACCGACAGACCUCGCAAGAUGGGCUACUACGACGACGAAGGCCAAUACCACAGCUUCCGCCGCGGCGUGGAGCGCGCAGCAGACCGAAUCUUGCACCCGUUUUCAGGUGGACACCACCAUGAGCGCGACGAGGUGGUCAUCACUGAGCGUGACAGCGGCCCUGCCGGCGGCUCGUCAGGACCCGUGCGCGUCCGUGACGGCGCCAUCGAGCAGGUCCGCUACGUCGAGCCCCGGUUCGGCGGCAAGGGGGUGCCGAUCCAGUGCCACUUCAUCCGCAUCGGCGACAUUCUGUUGCUCCAGGGCCGGCCGUCGCAGGUCAUCCGCAUCAGCAUGAGCAGCCAGACGGGCCAGUACCGCUACCUCGGUGUGGACCUGUUCACCCGCCAGCUGCACGAGGAGAGCUCGUUCAUCAGCAACCCGGCACCCAGCGUGGUCGUGCAGACCAUGCUCGGUCCCGUGUUCAAGCAGUACCGUGUCUUGGAUAUCAGACAGGACGGCCUGAUCGUCGCCAUGACCGAGACCGGCGAUGUCAAGCAGGGUCUCUCGGUCGUCGAUCAGGGUGGCUUGUUCUCCCGGAUCGAGCGUGCGUUUGGCGAGGGCUGUGGAAGCGUCAGAGUGCUUGUGAUUAAUGACGGUGGAAGGGAGAUCGUGGUUGACAUGAAGAUCAUUCAUGGAAGUAGAUUGUAG